AUGGCAGGUUUGUUUGACAAGCAGGCAGCAAUAUAUUUGGAUGCUAGGCCAAAUUAUCCAAAUGAAUGGUAUGCUAUGCUGGCUGCUCUCACCCCUCACCACUCCUUAGCUUGGGAUGCUGGUACUGGCAAUGGACAGUCAGCUCUUGGUGUUGCGGAGCAUUAUGAGCAAGUGAUUGGCACCGAUAUAAGUGUAGAACAGCUAAAACAUGCUGUGCAACAUCCUAGAGUCCAAUACUUGCAUACCCCAUUAUCCAUAUCAGAUGAUGAGCUAGUGAACUUAAUUGGUGGUGAGAAUUCUGUUGAUUUGGUCAUAGUAGCUGAAGCUGUGCACUGGUUUGACUUGCCAAAAUUCUACGCAGUUGUUAAGCGAGUUCUUAAGAAACCAGGCGGUAUAAUUGCAGUUUGGGCCUAUAAUGACAUGAAUGUAAGUCCUACCUUUGAUGCAAUCAAGAAGAGCUAUCGAGAAGCCUGUAAACCUUACUGGAACCCCAAAUGCCAAAAUGUGGGAUUAGGGUGUGAAGGGGAACCCUUAUUGCUAGACAUAGCGAAGGAGAUCUCAUUGGAGAGAUACUUGGGGGUACUGAAAUCAACAUCAACAUACAAUACUGCCAGGGAACUAGGUGUGGAUUUGUUGUCUGAGAAGCUAAUUAAAGAGCUUGAAGGUGCUUGGGGUGGCCCUCGUGAAUUGGUCAGGUCUGUAACUUACAAGGCCUUCAUGCUUGCCGGAAAAAUCAAGCUGGACGGUGAAGAAUUUCCAAAGAACCUCUAA